UUUUUUGCCAGCUAGAGGAUAUAAAGCCGUGCAAAUAUACGUUGUCCACGUAUAUACCCUGUUAUUGAAGAUGAACAGAGGCCUGUGUGCGACAGGAAAUAACCAGAAUAUCACAUCGCAGUGAUCGCUGCCUGGCGAUCAUUGACUCUGUUGGGGUUUGACAACUCUGGCCUGUGUGGCUCUGCGCUCCUCUCUUCACAGCCACUGUUCGGGUUUGACUACUCUGGCCUCUGGGGCUUGUUUUGCUGAGCGGUUGGAGCGGCUAAACCUGCGCGGGUCUGUCAGCGACAGGAGAGGCUAUCCCCCAGACCCCAGCCCUGCCCUCCUCUGUGUUGCCAUGGACGCUUGUGCCAGAGUCAAAGGUGUUCCACUCAAGUACCGUGCCACAAUCAAGAAAGAGACUGUCCAUGAGAACUCAGCUUUGUCCCUGAGGAACCUUCUCAAAAACAGGAAGGAGCUUAGUAAUGUGGUGUCUGAGCUACAUGACAGAGAAUCGUUGUGCGUGCCAGAGAUACAUUUUGUAUGCUUACCUAGCUGUGCUGACAGGGAGGAUUUCACACUACAGGGCCUGACCUGUCUCUCCACUGAGUUAGCAGAGUUGCUUGGUUCGUUACAUGUACGUACUCUCAAGGAUGAAGAAGUGUUGCUCCUCAAAGAUCCCAAACAACAUUUUGAGAGGAAAGAUGGUAUUUCUCAGAUACAGGCUGGUGUAUCCAGAGCCCUGUGCAUACUCAGACAUAGCAGCUCGCUACAAAUUGGUAGUAUGCUAGGGCUGCUUACACGCUACACAACAGGUAUCCGAUAUGCUCUGGAGGUGCAUUCUCUGCAGAGGUGCGUAUCGGAGGCAUGCCAGGCCGAGGAUGACGACACUAACCAGUCUGUCUCUUCUAUUGAGGAGGAUUUUGUCACUGCUUUUGAACAUCUUGAAGAAGAGGAGCCAGGUGAUUACCAAUUUUCAUUUAGUAAGCGGAACCAGAGAGAUGUGGCCUCCCAAACUCUCCCUCCACAUUUUAAAGAUUUUUCGGGCUCUCGCGUUAUCUUUAGUUCCAUCUCUAAGAAGUCCAAGAGUAAGGAAAAGUCUACUGUUGUUGAGUCAGGAGCAGUUCAGAAGGUGACAUCAUGGUCUGGAGAUGUAGAGGGCCAGUGCAGAGGGCCAGUGGCCCCAUGGAGGAGCCCACCAAAAGGAUGUGUUUGUUCUACAUCUCUGACCGAAUCGGAUGAAUCUGAUUGCUCUAGUCCAAGCCCCAUAAUUUUUUUGGACGAAGUUGGUUAUCAGAAGAGUCUAAAGGCAAAGCUUGACAUUCCCAAGAUCCCCGUUCUUAAAGAGGGGGUAGAAGACUCUGACUCAGAGCUUAGUGAGUUUUUUGAUAGUUUUGAUCAGUUUGAUGAUCUGGAUCAAACUUUUGAUGCCGUCAUCAAGUUGCCAAAAGAACACGUGCUGCUUGCUCAGAAGAAGCAGUCAGAGAACUCCGUUAGUAAACAUGCUUCAAAAAGUGGCCCAACUAGAGCAAUGAACCCUCACAAGUUUGAAGGUUCACACAGGUCUCUUCCUGCCAAUGUCAAGAAACCCACUCCACUUAAACCAGGAUCACCAUGCUGCAGACACUCCAACAGCCCGGAUUCUCCAAGACCAGUGUGGACAUCCUGCGAGGAGACUGGGGCACUUUUUAGCCCAGUUCACUCAUCAGCUUUUAGUGCCCUGGGAGAAGGAGGCUCCUUGGAGUGUUUUUGGAAAGUAGAUGCAGAUGAUUCAGAACUGCGCAAACCGCGGGAUCUCUGUUCACUAUAUAAGACUUAUUCUGAUUUUGCAAACAAUCUCUCAAAAGAAAUCCUCGGAACUGUGUGUGGGUACUCUUCUCCGGUUGAUAUUAACAUUAAUAAGAACUUGAGUUGUGUGUGUCAUAAAGAAUUUAAAAACACUAAUGGACAUCUUAUGAAACUAUCAGAUAUUCAGGAGACAGUCACCAUUGCCAAAUCACAGUCACAGUCUCUGAAGGAUGGGAUUCAAAAAUUUGCCACAGACUUGGUUGAAAUGAGCAUUGGGAGUGCCUUAAGAGAUUUACAGAAAGGGGUGUCCUCCUGCACUACGACACUUUGCCAUUUAGCUGCUAGGCUGACGUCUUCUGUGUUUCAGAUGGCCUUCCAAGAGAUAGGAAUGCGCCAUGCCUCUGUGUUAAAAGAACGUGCCAUCAAUGGAUUGGCCAGUUUCCUUGUUGGCGAAGCUGUAUCUGGAGCUCUGAAAGAGUUUCUAUUUGUGAAAAAGCAGAUUUACAACAACACUGUUACCAGAUUUGCAGCUGAUCUAGCUGAGGAAUUAGUAUUUGAGGGGAUUAUGGAGGUUUGCCAGUUUUCACACCCUUCUACACCCCUCACCCCUAAGGACUGGACUUUUGAACAAGAAGAGGAAGUGGUCUGCUCUUAUGCUUCAGACCUUUCAGAGUCAGUCAUCCAGGAGGCCUUUAUAGAGCUAUCUCAAGCUGAUGUGACUUUCACAACACAGGCAGCUAUAAGUGUGUCACUGGACAACAUUUGCUACGUCAGUGCAGAUGACGCAUCCCAGACCACAAAACUCUGCAAUGCCCAGGCCAGUUUCCAGGAAUUGCCAUCAUUUGUACAGACAGGCACCAAGCAAGAAGAUGGGUGCACGGUGAAGAAAGCUUUGUACUGUGUGUCUGGAAUGGCGAGUUGUGUUCCAGUCCCUACAGCUGGCAAAGCUAUAUCUUGUCUGCAAAACCCAGAGGAAAGCUGUCAGUAUAAGUCCAGCGUUAGUCACACAUGCCAGACUAGCCCGAAAAGAAGCAUUUGUUUUCAAGGAAAAGCAGUGACAUCCACUUCAGACGCUUCUCCUGCAAUAUCAUUUGAAUCAGUGCCAGGUGUUUACAAAAUUCGCAAGGCCUGUGGUAACUUUGGUAAUUCAUCCCCUGGAACUGCUUCUGGGAAACCUCCAGUUGAAAAAUGUUUUCAGAGCUUCUCUGGUGCUAUGGUUGACAGUAUAGUGGGUGAGGCAUUUGAUGUCAUGACCACAAGCAAAAUGAGUAAAAAAGUGGAAAAUUGUGCUGAUUUCUUAAGUAAAACUAUAGGCAGUCAAAUGGCCACUUCAGGCACUGGUAUGACCAAAUCACAGGAUGUUGCAUGUCAAAGUUCAGCACCUUAUGACUUCUGUACAUCUCCAAAGAUAUAUGUUCCUAAAGAAGGUGUGAUGGAUUCAUCAGCCCUGUGUUCUCAGCCACACUGGACAUUAGGAUCAAAGAACACAGAUUAUGCAAGUUGUCUGUCAAUCUCAAGAAAUAUACGUCCAGCAAGCAAGGUCACCUCAGACGUCCACUUUGCCAUCAUAAAAGAUACUUUGGAAGUGCCAAGUUUUGAAAUAAGUGUCCGUGGGGGUAGAAAAGUUGUCACAGAGGAGACUCUUACCUGCAACUCUGGAACAAAAUCUAGUGGAAUUCCUGGCACACCACCAUCAACCCCACAGCAACCAUCAGAUGUGUCCAGUGAGAAACAGAUUAAACAGUUCUCAAAAAAGCUCAAAAGUAAGCUUGCAAAAGAGUUCUCCCCUGCAACACCCCCACCCACCCCACAUUAUCCCACCUCCUGUUUUAAACCAGAGACCUCCGAAUCUGACAAAGCAGAGUUCAUGCUGAAACUUAUGCGGUCCCUCUCUGAGGAGGCUGUCAAUAAUGACUACGAAGACCAUGACAAGGAAGACCGCCUGAACACUGCAGCCCAUUAUGCAGAGCAAAGUCCCACUGCAGGAAACAAAGUGAUGGAGAGAGGAGCUCUACGCUAUGCAGAGCGUUUAGCAUGCCAUAUUGUUUCAAUGGCAACGGAGAUGGACACUAUAAACUUUGGUGAUGGUGUGAGGAAGGCAGAUGAUGAAGCCAAAGGCAGCAUUGCUUUACACAGUGCACAGUUCUCACAACAGACUUUGAAUUCCUUGUGGACGUACGCUGGUGAAAUCGCUGGGGAGGUCAUCAGUGAUGUAAAGAGGAUGGUGAGUUCCAGCCAUUGUCGUCACAAAACAAGCAAAAGGGGAUCCGUUAAAUCAGAGAAAUGCCUGGAUGGUGACCAAAAAGACUGUCGCUUGCCAAAUAACUUCCUUAAUCCAGUUUUUCAAAAAGGCACUUCAAGUGAAACACCUUCCGAGUCCCCGAGGUAUAGAAGCAUUGCUGAUGAAUACACAGGGUGUGUUAUCAAGGUGUUGCAGACAGAAGCGGGAAGUCGGGAACUUAUCUUGGAUCAGUACGCUAGUCGGUUGGCGUACAGGUCUAUCAAAUCAGGCCUAGCACAUGCUGCCCAGAAGAUAAAGCAGAUGUCACCUUUAAGGCUUCACUCAUCUCGACGUUUACACCACGACAGGAGCCAUAAUACCUGUAGGGUUCAGCCAUCAGAGUCUGACCUGGCCGGUCUCACCCAAGCAAACCUUACCCACAGUUCCUCAAGUGAAUCUAUGCUAUGUGUUUGUCAAGACGGGGAAGUCAUGAGUAGGAAUAAAUACUUGGAACUUAUGAAUUUUGCAGAAUCACUGGCCUACAAUAUUACGUGUGAUGUCACAAAAAGACUAAGGAUGUCGUCGGUUAGGCUUCCAAAAUCACUUACUGACUCAUGUCUGUACAGGAAGUCAAAUGUUGAAGACAUGGCUGAAAAUUUAAUCAAAACUGCCUUUUCGUGUUCUCUGUUGCCAUACACUGAGAAGAACAGGCAGUACCACAGCACUGGGAGCUUGGAUGAUGGAAAUUACACCAACAAAGUUAUGCAAGUUGUUGAACAUUAUGCCAAGAAGAUUGUUGAUGACACUUUGGAAAUGACUUUGGGACCUGCAAGCUGUCAGACUGCUGAAGAGAGCAGGACUCUGGAGCGCAGCUCUUUCACCGAGAAGCUGACUGAGGCAUAUAAAGCUUGCCGAUACUGUCAAACCAGAGAUUGCCUGAUUUGCAGCAGAAAUGUUCAUUUUGCUUACCAGGGACUGCAGAAAAGGAUGAGGCCAGAUACUGAAGGAAUAGUUGGUCUCGAAAUUCCCAAAAUUCACAUAGAUUUGGAUAAGAGGGCUGUUUUUGCUGAAGAAAUGGUGUCGGUUGCAAUUGAAAAAGCCAAGAAAGAGAUGAGCAGCACCAGUCUAAAUGCAGACAGUGGGAUUGGUCACGAUGGUGCAAGCUUUGCCGAAAGUCUCACCACAGAGAUUAUGACGUCUGCAUUAUCCAACAUCUGCCAAACCAUCAAUUUGAGUGCCCCUGGAAGGGAGAGCGUCACUGUCACAGAGUCGACAGUUAGCCAGCAGCUCAGUCUAAGCGUUGGAGAUGACAGUCUGGGCAGCUGGUCUAAUCUCAGCUUUGAGGAAGACCAUCCAGAUGAAAGCAGUAGUUUCCACCACCUAAGUGACAGCAGUAAUGGGAACAGCAGUAGCUGGAGCAGUCUGGGAUUAGAGGGCGAGAUUUAUGAAGAGCGUUUAUCCUUCUCCCCAUCAGACAGUGACUACAUAGAGGAGAAGGAGCCAGAGACCAAGGACGUCUUGGGUGGGAGCGUGCGAGUGGAGCGGCUCCCUGCUCCGCGUGACAGAGCUCUGCUGGUGCUCAGUACAGAUGUGUGGGGGCAGAGCCCACAGCCCCAGCUGAGGGCACUGCUGCAGUGGAUGGCGGUCUCCAUCACUGAUCUGCCUGUCUUGCAGCUUAGCCUGCGGUCAGAACAGGACCUGCAACAGUUUUUGCAUGUUGUCCAGAAGCUCCGGGAGCGAGAGUGGAGGGUGUGUGAUCUUCUGCGGGCGCUCCUUCUGUACUGUGAGGAGCGUUUGUCCGAGGAGGAGCCGCUUGCCGCGGGUGGAGGGCGUGGCCAUGCCUCGCUGUUCCAGUGGCUUCUAGAACACACAUAGAGCAGCAGUGAUCAGUGGUCCUACAGUGAACGCUCACUGUGCUGUUUACUGGUCUACAAUGACGUGCAAUGUACCUGCCAAAAAAUAUAGAGGCCUAGCCAUGUGACCGCCUCUGUGUAUUGUGAAUUGCUUGUAUACCCAUCAGUGGGGGGGUGGGU